GUGAAAGCCAGCGGGCGCCAUGUUGUCUUGUUCGUGAAGACGAGGAGUAAAGGGGGGAGGAAGCGGUGGUGGCGGUGAAGGAGACGUCGCAGCUCCGCUUGUGACCGGCGGGGGGAGGAGAGGGCGCAUAAUAUAUAGAGUUAAAGAUGUGGGAUCAAGGUGGACAGCCUUGGCAGCAAUGGCCUUUGAACCAGCAACAGUGGAUGCAGUCCUUCCAACAUCAGCAAGAUCCAAGCCAGAUUGAUUGGGCUGCGUUAGCUCAGGCAUGGAUUGCCCAACGGGAAGCUUCGGGGCAGCAGAAUGUGGUGGAACAACAGGGAAUGAUGCCAAACGGACAGGAUAUUUCUGGAAUAGAACCUGGCCCAAACAACCAUAGUAAUUUUCAGGGGGAUCCCAACUUCAACAGAAUGUGGCAGCCAGAAUGGGGAAUGCCUCACCAACCUCCACAUCCGCCUCCAGAUCAGCAAUGGAUGCCUCCAGCUCCUGGCCCAAUGGAAAUUGUUCCUCCAUCUGAAGACAGCAACAGUCAGGAUAGUGGGGAAUUUGGCCCUGACAACAGGCAUAUAUUUAACCAGAACAAUCACAACUUUGGGGGACCACCCGAUAACUUUGCAAUGGGGCCAGUGAACCAGUUUGACUAUCAGCAUGGGGCUGCUUUUGGUCCACCUCAAGGUGGAUUUCAUCCACCUUAUUGGCAGCCAGGACCACCAGGGCCACCAGGUCCUCCAGCACCAUCAGCACCUCCCCAGAAUCGAAGGGAAAGACCUUCGUUCAGAGACCGUCAGCGUUCACCUAUCGCAAUGCCUGUGAAGCAGGAGCCUCCACAGAUUGAUGCUGUAAAGCGUAGAACUCUUCCUGCUUGGAUUCGUGAGGGCCUAGAAAAAAUGGAACGAGAGAAGCAGAAAAAGUUGGAGAAAGAGAGAAUGGAACAGCAACGUUCUCAGAUGUCUAAAAAAGAAAAGAAAGCAAAUGAGGAAACUGAAGAAGGAGAUGGUCCACGGUUACCCCAGAAAAGCAAAUUUGAUAGUGAUGAGGAAGAAGACAUUGAAAACCCAGAAGCUACAAGUCUUGGAAAAGUCAGUAGGAGUCCCUCUCCUGCUCCUCAAGAGGAGCAAAGUGAACCUGAAAUGACAGAAGAAGAAAAGGAGUAUCAAAUGAUGUUCUUAACAAAACUGCUGCUGACAGAGAUUCUUUUAGAUGUCACAAAUGAAGAAAUUUAUUAUGUAGCCAAAGAUGUACAUCGUAAAGCAACUAAAGCUCCUGCAAAACAGCUGGCACAGUCCAGUGCACUGGCUUCCCUCACUGGGCUCGGUGGACUGGGUGGUUAUGGAUCAGGAGACAGUGAAGAUGAGAGGAGUGAUAGAGGCUCUGAAUCAUCUGAUACUGAUGAUGAGGAAUUACGACACAGAAUCAGGCAAAAACAGGAAGCAUUUUGGAGAAAAGAGAGAGAACAGCAACUAUUACUAGAAAAACAGUUAGAAGAAGAAAAACUCCAAAAUGAAAGAAUUGCUAAAGAGAUGAAUGAAUUCAUGAACAAAGAGCAAAAUAGCAAUUCAGCACUACAGGAAGUAAAGGAAACAGAGGAUGAUGUGUUUAAUGAAAAGAAAAGAUCUCCAGGUGAAACUGCACUAGAUAUAGAAUCCAAAAAAGAGGCUAAAGAAAAAGAGAGAACAGGAAGGAGUAGGUCAAGAAGUACUAGUAGUAGUACCAAUAGCAGCAAUAGUAGAAGCAGUAGUAGCAGCAGUACUGUGUCUAGUACAUCAUACAGUACGAGCUCAGGUAGUAGCCGCAGUUCUUCACAGUCUUCCUCUCCAAAAAGGAAGAAAAGACGUAGUCACAGUAGAUCGCCAUCACAUAAAAUUAGACGCAGUAGAAGUAGAAGUUAUUCUCAUAGAAACAGGAGAGAGAGAAGUAGAAGUAGGGAAAAGAUAAGAGAAAGGAGGAGAUCUAGCAGAAAUAGCAUGGAAAGAGGGGAGAGACGGAAAAAUCAUAGUCCUUCCCAGGAAAGAAGUUGGGAGAGGCGUAGAAGCAGUAGUCACUCAAGGGACAGACGAGCUAGUCGUGCUAGUCGCAGCAGGAGUCGAGAUAGGCGUAAAAGCGAAGACCAGCAUAGAAGUCUUAGUGGAAAUAGGCACAAGCAUAAGGGUGAUGGUAAAGAUCAAGAGAGGAAAAAGGAACGAAGUAGGAGCAUAGAUAAAGAUAGGAAGAAAAACAGAGAACGGGAGAGAGACCAGGAAAAAAGAAAAGAGAAACAAAGAAAAGAAGAAAAAGACAGUAAGUCUGGCAAUCAUGAUGACAGUAGGUUAAAGAGAAAAAGAGAUAGUGAAAGAGCUCUGUCUCGCAGCAAUUCAAUGUCUGCUAAAAUUUUAAGACAGGAUUCUAGACAGGAAAGCAAGAAAAGUUCUACCAAAGAUAGUAAAAAACAUUCAGGCUCUGAUUCUAGUGUAAGGAGCAGUUCUGAAUCACCAGGAAGCAGCAAAGAGAAGAAGGCUAAGAAAUCAAAGCAUAGUCGGUCACAAUCCAUGGAGAAAUCUCAAAGGUCUGGUAAGAAGGCAAGCCGCAAACACAAGUCUAAGUCACGAUCAAGGUCCACCACCCCUCCUCGUCGUAAACGCUGAGGAGUGAUGUGGCACCAGUGAUGUGACAUUAAAAAAUUCCAUGAGUUUUAAAGGCUUGUCUCAUUAUAGAGGCACAUUGUGGCUGUGUAGGUGAAACCAGAUUCCUUUUUUAAACUGUAAAUAGGUGUAUUUUUUUCAAAUGCUGCUCAGUUAAAUACAUAAUAGGAUUUCUUUGUAUUGCAUUUUUUCAAAAAUAGUAGUGCUUAAUAAGAAUAUAAAACAUGCCAUUCUCUUUCAGCUGUACUUAAAAUUAUUGAAUGUACUGUGAUGUCAAUAAAGCUCUUUAGUUCAUUUUU